UGUUGAGAAUUUUAUAUUCUUUUUUGGAUUUUGUUUUUUAAUUUUUUUGAUUUCCAUCAUGUCUUUCUUUCAUGGUCGAAUUGAAUUGAAAGAUACGAAAAAUUGUUUUGUAACGUUACCGGCAAAAUGGGUAAAACAAAAUUUUCGUUCAAAUUCAUAUGGUUUAAUCAUAAUUAAACUUAUCUUUUUGGACGAUAUUAAACCGGAUAAAUUCAUUUAUGUUACCUGGAAUGGUAGCAAAAAUUGUACUGAAGAUUCAAUAUUUUUGGAUAGAAAUUUUGCAACAAAAUCUAAUAUCAUUGAUAAUGAAUUGAUAUUGGUACAAAUGAUCGAUGAUCUAAGUCGAAUAUCAACAUGUAUUUCUUGUUAUUUAAAACCAUUAUCGGAUGAUGAUCAUCAAAUUAUUACAAUUAAUUCAGAAGAAAUUGAAUAUAAAUUACUAAAUCAAAUAAGAAUAUUGACUAUUGCUUUUUUGAAAAAUGAUGAAUUCAAUAUAUUACCAAUAUGGCUUUCAAGUUCACCAAAUGUUCCCAUUUUUGUUAGAAUUUUUCGUGUGGAACCGGCAAAUAAAACUGGAUUGAUAAUAACACAAAACACGAAAAUUGUUAUCGUUCCAAUGAAUGAAACAAAAUUCGAAAAUGAAUCAACAAAUGAUAUUUUAGCACCUGUUAUACCAUCAUCAUCAAAUUCUGCUACUUUAAAAUCAGUUUUUGGUUUAUUCAAAUCUUUAGUACCAAGUAAAGAUAAUAUUUUUCCUAUUGCUCAUACUUCACAUAAUGAUUGUUUCGAUAAGAAUGUUGAUCAAAUGAAACAUGUAUCAUUUCAUAUCUAUCAAGGCAAAAGUCUAUUUUUACGUGUUAUUUUGGCCAAAAAUAUUGAUCCAUUUAACGUUUCUAUUGCAUUCAUAUCACCAAAACAUUUUGAAUAUUUAAAUCAAUCCGGUUGCAAUGAAAAACAAUGUUUGAUUCGAUUGAAAAAAUUUGAUCAUCCUUUGCACAAAGCUUCAGAUAUUGAUCCAAUUAGUUAUGAUACAACAUCAAUGUCAACAAAUGAAAAAUUUUGUACAACAUUUAUUGAUAAAUAUCUUAAGAUAUAUGAUUACGUGAACGAACUAAACAUAUUAGUCAAGGCAAAUGAUGAUUGUCCCGAAGAUUCAAUCAUGUUAAGUCAAUCAUUUAUUGUUCAAUAUUCAUUACCAUUUUUAUCAUAUGUUAUUUUGGAUCAUCCAGAUUUGAAUGUUCAGAAUGAUGCUUUAGAGAAGAAAAAUAAUAUUGAUUAUUUGAAAAUUCCGAUAGCUCGAAAAAUAUUCGCCAUUCCAUUAUUACCGCAAUAUUUGAAUGGUAAAAAUGAACUGGAAAAAAUGAUACAAAAAUCAAAGAAUAACAAUAUAAUGGUUAUAUGCAAUGGAUUCAUCAAGGAUGAAAAAUAUUUCCUAAUCAAACAUCAACAACAAUUACCGGUACCUGAUUUUGAUGUAGAAAUUUUUAAAUUUCUUUCCUCAUGUUUUUUGAUUGAUCAAUCGACUGAAAUCAUUGUGCAACAAGUAACCAGUAUAAAUUCUUCAAUGUUAUUACAUAUGAAUAAAUUAUCGAAAAAACGUCAAAUUAUUAAUGAUAUGAUUGAAAAUUAUAAAAAUAUCGGUGCUAAAGCGUUUGCUGGACGUGAUGAAACCAUAAAAGAAUGUAUUCGAUUCAUAGAUCAAUCAUUGAAUCUAAAUUCAAAAUCUUUUGAUACAAAUUUAUUCACAGCAAUGCUUGUUGCCGGAUCAAAAGGUUCGGGAAAAACAACGUUAAUCGAAAGAAUUCUAUAUGAUUGUUUUAAUAAUCAUUACAUUUGGAAUACAAUAGUUCGAUGUUCGAAUGUAAAAGGUAAAAGAAUUGAAUCAAUACAGAAAUCAUGGUCAAAAUUAUUUACCGAAGCUGUUCAUCAUCAACCAUCGAUUAUUAUUUUUGAAGAUUUACAUCAAAUUGUUUAUGAAACUGGUGAUGAUGAAACGAAAAAUGUAAAAGAAACGUUUGAUAAUAAUUCUGGUGAUAAUUCACAUACAAAAUCAUCAACACCGGAAAAUUUUUAUUGUGAACGUGUAUCACAUAUAUUUUGUCAACUAAUCGAUUCAUUACGGAAAUUUAAAUCAUUAUCAAAAUUUUCUCGUAUCACUAUUAUUGCUACGGCUGAAUCAUAUUUAUGUUUGAACAAAGUGAUAAAACAAUUUAAUGUAUUUGAUCAAGUAAUCGAUAUACAUCAACUAAAUGGUAGACAAAGAAUUCAAAUAUUGAAUGAUAUAUUUCGUAAGAAAUAUGAUACUUUAUCAUCGAAAGGAUGUUCAACAACAACAACAACAACAACAACAAUGAAAACAUCAUUGAAUGUUGAUAUGAAAUUAUUAUCAAAAAUGACCAAAAACUUUACGGUUCAACAGCUUGACAGUUUAGUAGAUAUGUCAAUUCAUUGUGCUUUAGUUAAUAGUCUACGAAAAAAAGAUAAUACAAAAAUCCAAGUUAAUAUUGAUGAUGAACAUGUUCAGCAAGCUUUUACUAAAUUGAAUUUUCAUUUGAUCAAAAAGAAUGAUUUAAAAUUGAAUACAAAACGUAUGCUCAAAGAUGUGGGCGGUAUGUCGAAUGUAAAAGAAAUAUUGUCCGAUCUUAUUCUAUUACAAAUACGUCAUCCAAAUUUAUAUCGAUAUUUGCCUUUAAAAUUACCAAAUUCUUUACUAAUCUAUGGUAUGCCUGGUUGUGGAAAAACGGCCAUUAUUGAAGCAAUUGCAAAUGAAGCAAAUAUAAAUUUUUUAAGUGUUAAAGGACCAGAAUUAUUAUCAAAAUAUAUUGGCAACAGUGAACAAUCAGUACGAAGAAUAUUUCGUCAAGCAGAAAAUUCUUCACCAUGUAUAUUAUUUUUUGAUGAAUUUGAUUCAUUAGCACCACGUCGUGGUCAUGAUAGUACUGGUGUAACUGAUCGUGUUGUCAAUCAAAUAUUAACACUUAUGGAUGGUCUUGAAGAACGAAAACAAAAUAUCUUUAUUAUAGCCGCAACAAGCCGACCAGAUCUAAUAGAUUUAGCAUUAUUACGACCAGGACGUUUUGAUCAGAUUGUAUAUUGUCAACUACCAGAUGAAAAUGAAAGAAAAGAAAUUUUCAUGGUUCUUGGACAAAAAUUAUCGAUCAAUUUUGAUAUGAUAUUAUUCAAUCAAAUUGUGAAGUCAACUGAAAAUUUUACUGGUGCCGAUAUACAAGCGUUAUUAUAUAAUGCAUUUCUUGAUGCAACCAAACAGGCUAUUGAUGAUUUAAAGCAAAAUAGUAUCCAUCAUCAACAACAACAAUCACAACAAAAUAAUAAUAAUAAAGUUCAAAUCGAAUGGGCAAAUAUUCAACAUGCAAUGAAUAUAACACGACCAUCUCUUAGUGAACAGGAAAGGACAAGAUUUAUACGAAUAUACAAUAAAUUUGAAGCGGAAUUAUCUGGGAAAUUUUCAUCAAUGGAUAUGGAUAAAUUGUCGACCAACCAGGCUAGAAUAACGUUGGCAUAAUAAAA